AUGGCGAACAAGCUGGACAUGGGGGAAAUCACCAGCUUUGAUAAGGUCAAGCUGAAGAAAACAGAGACGCCAGAGAAGAACACCCUCCAGACCAAAGAGACCACUGAGGAGGAAAAGCAGAGUGAAUCCAAUCUCCAGGGUGAAGAAGUUACUGAAAACUCUCACUUGGUAAAGGCCUUACAAGUAUUCCCAAUUGCCAGUGUUCUUCGAUGGACCUGCAGUUAUUCCCACUGA